GCCCCUUCCUCGGUUGCUCCAAGGGAACAGCCAGUGCGUGGGUGCCCACGGGCACACUCCUGGCAAAACCCCGUCCACCCGUCGAGGUCAGCAUCUUGGAAAUGAAAUUCCAGUUCGUCCUUGUUUCCUGGCUGGGGAGCUGCGAGCGCCGUGUCUCGUGUCCCUUCCCUCAGCCUGCGGCCAAGUGUCAUCAGGUUCACAUUUACAAGUGCAGAAACCGGCCCUGAGGUAGUAAGUCACUCGUGUGGCUAAAAUCACAGAAAAUCGGCGGAGAAACCGUGGAAACUGGGCCGAAGAUCUGCCUGCCUGUGGAUAAGAGGAAUACGAUUUGGUUUAUUUUUAGGACUGUCAAGUCUGAAGACUCGGAAGUGUGUUCUAGAUGUUACCUUUCCGAAGAUGGCCUCAUUUUUUAUUGUGCUGCUUUAAAAGUAAAAGGUGCAUCCGAAGGAAGUGAUUACUUUUUUUUUUUUUUAAGACUGAUUUUAAAGGGUUUUAUUUUUAUUUUUUGGAGUUUAUUUUUGUUUUUUUUUAAGUAGUUUCUACACCCAGUGGGGGGCUCGAACUCCCCGACAGGACAUCAGGAGUCACAUGCUCUUCGGACUAGACCAGCCAGGUGUUGCUUUAAGACAAAUUUUUAAAAACUGCCCCAGAAAACCACGUGAUUUCCUCAUUAUUAUUUACAAAAAAGGGGAACAAGAUAAAUUAACAUGUUAAUUAUGGAUGUUUAUUUUUUUAAUAGCUCAGCAGAGAACGCACUGGAUCUUGUCUCAAAUCCAAUUUUUUCUUUACUUUCUUAAAAAAAAAAGCUUUUCUGAUGUUUCACUUUUCAGAAAUACUUUUCUAUUUAUAAUAAAUCCAGAGGAAGAAACAGUUCUGUCCAAAGGCUGGAUGUCAUUCAUUCUGUUGACAUAUGUUGAAUGCCUGUGGACGGUGUUCUCCUUAGAGCUAGUCGUAGCAGAAUAUCACAGAAAAAUCAAGGAGGCUUUUGAAGUGUUUGACCACGAGGCAAAUAAUACAGUGGAUGUGAGAGAGAUCGGAACAAUCAUCAGGUCACUAGGCUGCUGCCCGAGUGAAGGAGAGCUCCAUGACCUGAUUGCAGAGGUAGAGGAAGAAGAACCCACCGGAUACAUUCGAUAUGAGAAAUUUCUUCCAGUGAUGACCGAAGUACUGCUGGAAAGAAGAUACAGACCAAUUCCAGAAGAUACCCUUCUUCGAGCAUUUGAGGUGUUAGAUUCAUCUAAACGUGGAUUUCUGACUAGGGAAGAACUGAUCAAGUAUAUGACUGAAGAAGGUGAGCCUUUUUCUCAGGAAGAAAUGGAAGAAAUGCUGUCUGCUGCCGUUGACCCAGAAUCGAAUUCCAUUCAUUACAAGGACUACAUAGCCAUGAUGGUGGUGGACGAGAGCUAGGCACCCUGGAGACUCAUCGAAGGAUGGCUGUAGAGGUGGCCUGUCCUCGUUAAUUUCACAUCUUAUAAUUAAUGCCCAGUGACGACUACUUUGCAAUACUUUAGAUUGUAAAGAUGAACACAAACUUACUUGGUAUGUCUAGCCUUAUGGAAUGACCAAUGGCUAAUUAUUUUAAAGCUUAUUCUUAAAAACAUUUUAACAUUA